GUCUCGGCUGCGCGAGCCGACUGCGCGCCGCCGUCUCGACCGGCCGCGACCGCCAGUGGUGACAGUGUGACAGCGCGCUCUGUGACAGUGACCGGGGUGACACCGUGUCGUCCCCAGGAGCGCCGGCUGAGCAGAGUGGACCGAACGGGCCGCCGCCGGAGCGCCAUGUAGGCGGAGCGGAGUGGCAUUCCUCUGCGCCGGCCCCGCUGUUUAGCGAUCCCCAACGCCGAUUACACCAGCGCACCUGUUUACCCGUGCCGGACCCGGCUCACACAGCUCCCGGGCGCCGAGAGAGCGCUGUGGCCUGCGGCGGUGCCUGCGGGGCGCGGAUGACGCCCCCUCCGCACCGGCCGCCGCUGCCGCCCGAUGGACCCCUUCACUGGCCUGCCAGUACAACUACCGUCAGCGUUUGCAGCGUUCCACUCGCCUCUGACCGAGCCAGCGAGCCGCGGCCUGACGCAUGACCCGCGACUCCUCUGGGACCCGGCUCGCCUUCACCUGCAUUCUCACCUCGCUGCUGGCCUCCCCGGCAGCACCGCCAGCGAGCUCUCGCUUCUGCAGCGCUCUGUCGACCUGCACGCCGCGGCGUACCGCGCCCAACAGGCCCAGUACGAGCAGCUCUAUCCGUCACCGACCUCGUCACUGCGAGGGCUCUCUCCCGUCGGCUCCGCCAGAGGUCUGAGCACCCACGACUACCUGGCCAUGUCGGCGCUGGGCCAGCGUUCUCUGGCCGACUACCCGGGCGCCGGCAGUCUGGUCGGCUCCGACUACUCCAUCAACCUGGACGGCGGCUCGCGGCUGUCACUGAGCCCGCGCCACGGCCGGAAGCGGCCGCUGUCGUCGGCCUUUUCGGACUCGUUCGACCUGGGCUCGAUGAUCCGCUUCUCGCCCAACUCGCUGGUGCCGCUGCCCGUGAUGAACGGAUCGCGGUGCUCCUCAGCCAGCGGCAGCUACGGCCACCUCUCGGCAGGGACGGCGGGCGCCAUCAGCCCGGCGCUGGGCAUGCACCCGGGCAUGCCGCCGAGCCACCUGCAGCAGCUGCAGGCGCACCUGAUGUCGCGCGGCUCGCCCUACCUGGCGGCACAGGCGCACUCUGCGCUACUGCCGGCGGCGGCGGCUGCUGCGGCGGCGGCGGCCGCACACGGCCAGCACCCGCUCUUCGGCAUCCCGCCGUACACGGGCCUCAACCUGGACAGGAAGGAGGAGCAGCCCAAAGUAUCUCCGGACACCUCCACUCUGGAGAACGCCGCGCGCGGCGGGGCCACCGUCAAACGCGAGGUCAGCUCGACCAGCGCGGCCACGCCCGAGCGAGCCGACGACGAGCCUCCCGAGGACUUCAUUGUCACCCACUGCGACUGGGAAGACUGCGGCAGGGACUACGACCUGCAGGCCGACCUCGUCAAGCAUGUCAACAACGACCACAUCUCUGCCAACAAGAAGUCUUUCAGUUGCCGCUGGAAGGACUGCCCCCGCGAGCAGAAGCCGUUCAAGGCCCAGUACAUGCUGGUUGUGCACGUGCGCACGCAUACUGGCGACAAACCCAACAAGUGCUCGUUCGAGGGCUGCAACAAGCGCUACAGCCGGCUGGAGAACCUGAAAACUCACCUGCGCAGCCACACGGGUGAGAAGCCGUACGCCUGCGAGUUCCCCGGCUGCAACAAGGCCUUCAGCAACGCCUCCGACCGCGCCAAGCACCAGAACCGCACCCACUCCAACGAGAAGCCGUACGUCUGUAAGAUCCCGGGCUGCACCAAGCGCUACACGGACCCCAGCUCACUCCGCAAACACGUCAAAACCGUACACGGCCCAGAGUUCUACAAGAACAAGCGGCACAAGGGUCUGCCCGACGACGGCGGCGCCACCGGCUACGGCAGUCCGGGCGACGACACCAAGCUGACCAGCGUCAGCAGCCCCAGCGUCAAGUCGGAGGACGCUGGCUCGCCCGGUAUGCCGGCCCGCUCGCCCGGGGACGCCGGCGGGGGUGGAGCCGGGGGCAGCGGCGGUGGCGCCGGCGCCGGCGGCGGCCAGGGCUCGGCGCCCGAGCAACCCAUCAGCGACAACAACGUCAGCACGACGAACGGCGUGUCGGCGGUCGAGGCGCCCUGGGAGAUACCGGAGGAUGAGGAGGUGGAGGUACCCAUGGGCCCCAUGGCCGUGCAGGCCGGGGUCGGCGGCGUCGGCGGCGGUCCGGCCAACCGACUCCAACCACCCGGCCGCAUGUACCGGCCGAGACUGCAAGCCAAGAACGCCAUGUCGCACGCGGCACUUCUGCACAACGGCGGCCGCGGCCCGACGCUCAUGGACAUCAACUACCGGCUGCAGCACAUGCGCGUCUCGCCGUCCGGAGUACCCGCCGGCUGCGUACCCCGGCGGCACAGCUACGACUCGGCGCCGCGGCCCGACCUGGGCUGCGGCGCGCCGGCCGACGGUGGCGCCACCACGCUGCUGGAGCCGCGCCGAGACAGCGGCGCCACCGUCAGCACCUACUACGGCAGCUGGAGCAGCCAGCAGCCGAGCCGGCGCGAGUCCCAGAUGUCGCAGAUGUCGGCGGCCUGCGGACCGGCCGGCGGCAGCCUGUACGACCCGAUCUCGACCGACGUCAGCAGGCGGUGCUCGGAUAUGUCUGCGGCGUCGGCGGCGCCGGCCGGCCGCCUCAGCGCCGGCAUGGCCGCGCAGCUGCAGCGCCUGCAGCGGCGCAACCUCGUCAGCCAGCAGAUGGGCAGCAUGGGCAACCUGGUGGUCCAGUCGCAGACGCAGUGUCAGGCGAUGGAGCAGCGCGGUCUGCCCGGCCGGCCUCCCUCCUCGUCUGUGGGCGGUGAGCAGCAGCGGCGCGCCUCGGACCCUGUCCGUCCGAUGGGCCGGCCGCCGCGGCCCCUCGGCCCGCCGGCCGGGCCGCCGCGGCGCCGCGCCAGCGCGCGGCGACACCCCAACCAGGAGGUGGUGCUCGACGAGCUCUCUGAGGACCAGUACAUCGAGGAGCGGCUCGUACUGCCCGACGAGAUGGUCAACUACCUGCAGCAGACGAACGCGGCUGGCUCGGGAGCGGCGCAAUCUGCGACGAUGAACGCAAGUCAGAUGAGUCCGCACCCCCAGCACGCCCAGCCGAGCCCGGCCUACAGCAAUCAGCCAGUCCAGAGUCCGGCUUAUAGCAACCAACCAGUCAACAGCCCGGCAUACAGCAAUCAGCCAGUCAACAGCCCUGCUUACAGCAACCAGCCGGUGACCAGUCCGGCCUAUAGCAACCAGCCUGUCAACAGCCCGGCGUACAGCAACCAGCCUGUCAACAGUCCGUUUGCCGGACCGAUGGGAUCGCCUGCCUACCAGCAGCAGUCCCAGCAGCCGCAGCCGCAGCAGCAGGUGGCGUACGGUCCCCAGCAGCAGCCGCAGCAGCAGCAGCAGCAGCCGGUGCCGAGCCCUGCCUACAGCCAGCAGCCGGUGGCCAGCCCGGCGGUGGCUGCCACGGCACCUGUCUGUCAGCAGGUGCAACAGCAGGCGCAGAUGAGCUGCCAGAUGGCUGCCAUGCCCGGCUGCCAGAACAUGCACCCGCACCAGCAGCAGGCGGCGCAGCAGGCGGCAGCACACCAGCAGCAGGUGCAGCAGGCCCAGCAGGCGCAGCAGCAGCGGCAACAGCAGCAGAUGCAGCAAAUGCAGCAGCAGCAGCACCAGAUGCAGCAGCAGCAGCAGCAGAUGGCGGCUGGUGGCAUGUCACAGGGUGUGAUGCAAUGGCACCACCAGGGCGCCGCCGGAGCGCACAACUGCGCCGCCGGCAGCUACCACUGCCAGCCGGCGUUCCCCCAGCAGCAGCAGCAGCAGCAGCAGCAGCAGGGCUACCCGGCGCAGCAGCCGGUGCCACCCUCCAUGGGCCACCCGUGCGCCGGCGGCGCUGGUACCGGCGCAAUGUUCGCCUGCGGCCACCCAGCGCCGCCCGGCCAGCCGCCCAUGGCGUACCAGCAGCCGUGCCCCGGCUGCCAGCAGCAGCAGCAGCAGGCGCGCCAGCAGUGGGCCGCCGGGUACCCCGGGUACGGCGCCUGCCAGCAGCCCCAGCAGCAGCAGCAGCAGCAGUCGCCGCAGCGAUCUCAGGCGCGGCCCCGGCCCGAGCCGGGACGCACCUUUAUGAACGCCGACAGCUUUCACCGGACGCUCGAGUACGUGCAGCGGUGUAAGCGCUGGAGCGGCGAGUCGCCGGCGCCGGCGGCCGCCGCGGCCGCGCCGCCCACGCCCGUGCCCUACAGCGGCGCAGCCAGCGACGUGUCCGUCAUGGACAGCGCCAGCAACGUGAUGCCGCGCAACAACAUGGUCAUCAACGACAUGAGCUCUGCCAUGACGGCGCUGGCCAGAGAGAACCGGUACCUGCACAUGUGAGCGGCCGCCGCCCGCUCGCCGGCCACUGUUGAUAUUGUAGAGCGGUGCGCCCCGCGGCGCCCGCUCGAUCUCCGACCCUAUGUGUGUGCGUGUGUGUGCGUGGGUGUGUGCGCUCGUGUUCGGACACGGGUGACAGUGUAUGUGUAUGAGGGCAGGAGUGUGACGGCGCGUGUGCGCCACCUAUAGAUCGGACUGGACUGGGCGCACCGGCGCCGUCGCCAUAUUCCAGUCCUGAAUUGUACGUGCCAAACGGCGUGUCGGCGCCGGCGAGAGGUCGCCCACCUAGCGCCGAAGGUUAGCUGGUGCGACCGGCCUGUCAGCACCGCCGAUGGUACUUAACGCUCGGGUCCCGGGGCACGGGCGAGGGGACAGGGUCGCGGGACGGCGCGAUCGUACCUACCCGACACUGUGCCUGUUACUGGCCUUCCAUGUGAGUGCGGGCUAACGUGAAUUAUUGAUGUCAUGUGCAUGCUAAAUGGUUUUAUUGCGAAAAAUGAAUUUGUUAUGGAUUU